CUCCAGAGACCUUCCUGUUCCACCGCGGACAAGUCCUUUGCCGUAGGCAUCAUUGCAGAGACAGUCCAGGGCCUGGAAAGGGCCUCCAGCUCUUUCGUACUCUACCUGCUUCCCAUGCUGUUGGGGGCGUCCCACGACGAAGACCAGGAAGUGUGCAGCAAUGCCGUCUUCGGGCUGGGGGUCCUGGUGGAGCACGGCAGGGAAGCCACGUUCGAACACUACCCCAAAAUUCUGGCGCUUUUAUCCAACCUCAUUUCUCAAAAGAAAGACAACCGAGUAAUCGACAACGUGUGUGGAGCCAUUGCAAGGAUGAUAAUGACCAAUCCUGGAGGAAUGCCCGUUGAACAGGUUUUCCCUGUCCUGCUUCGCGCCCUGCCACUGAGAGAGGACUUUGAGGAGUAUAAAACAGUCUACCGUUGCAUCACCUUUAUCUAUGAAAAUGACCCAUCGCAGGUAGGUCUCUGUCCCACCAGGAAGGGGCAGGUCUUAGGGGCAGCAACCGUCAACUUUUGGGGCACCAGGAACCGGUUCCAUGGAGGGAGGUUUUUCCACGGAGCGGAGGAGGGAACGUGGUUUCAUGCGGAUGGGGAUUCGCUUGUUUACACGGGCCAGGUUUUUUGCAUGCCGCGGCGGUUGCCGGUCCACAGGCCUUCGGGCUGGAUCCAGCCUGCGGGGUGCUUAAGUCUGGCCUGUGUGAAUGGAAAUAUCAAAGGACUGGCUUGCAAUACCUGUGCCAGCCAAAACAGGCCACGGAGGGGCCCCAGAAGGUCUCCGCACGGCCUGUUUUCGGCCAGCAGUGUGCUGCAGGAGUCCUGGAUUGGACUGGAUUACAAUUAUGUGGCCUCAAGUAAGUACCUGAUCUAG